UCAAGACCGAAUACGAUGGAAUCGAAAAUACGCCUACUGUUCGCGACUGCCCAGGUGUUGACAGUGUUGCAGAUCGUUACUGGCGCUAGCGAUUUAGACAUAGCUGCCCGUAUCGUAAGCCAUCAAUGCAAUCAGUACGUGAACUUGGUAUCGACACCGUAUCCGGUGAUGACCCUGGAUCGCGAUUCGCCAAUACGAUACGUGUACGCGCUCAAGUGUCCGUUGCAAAACCCGUUUGUUGUGGGCGGAAUGGCUGCUUCCAAGAAUGAAUUCCCUCACAUGGCAGCACUCGGGUAUCUGAUUCGCGGCUUCAUUCCGAGAGGGGCGAGCAACUUCGAAUUUCUGUGCGGUGGAACACUGAUAAGCGAGCAGUUCAUACUCACGGCGGCACAUUGUAUUAACGACAAUCUCCAUAUGGUACGGAUUGGGGUGGCCGAUCUCGACGAUCCCGAUGCACAAACCUUUUUUAUCGCAGAAAAUUUCACCCACGAGGAGUACUCCCCGGUCACUACGUACAACGACAUCGCUUUGCUUCGUUUGAAGCGAAAUGUCACGGUAACGUUGCAUGUGAGACCGGCCUGUUUGGCUACGGAAAGGACCGAGCAGAUUCAACGGGCUACCGUCACUGGGUGGGGCAGAACCAGUCCAGGUUCGCAAGGCUCACGGCAGCUGAACAAAGUUUCGUUGGACGUUCCGACCGAUCGGCGCCAGUGCUCGAAAAUGUACAACGGACCUGGCCGGCAUCGCUUGAUUCAGCGACAAAUUUGCGCCGGAUCCUUGGAUGGCAAUCUGGACGCGUGCCAGGGCGAUAGUGGUGGACCCCUGCAGGCGUUCGAGGAAGCUAAAUGUCGGUACCAUGUCAUCGGGGUAGUGUCGUUCGGGAAGAUUUGCGGAUCGGCUGAGUACGGUCUCUAUACCCGGGUUUCCCGCUAUCUGGACUGGAUCGUGGAGAAGGUUUGGCCCGGCGAAUGGUCCAACAAAGAUGAAUGGGCCGACUGCUCCUCAUGCCGCCAGAGUCAGAGUCAGAUCAUUCUUCCAAGCAAGAGGAUCCGUCCAGAAGAGAGAAUGCAGUGGCAACAGUACAGCUUCCAUAGAUGGGACUUUGUAGAAUCGAAUUUCGAUAAAUUCGCGCGGAAUCCCGCUAGCGAAGACGUACGAUCGUUUGGUAAUUCCUGCGCCGCCAUUCGGUGGCAGUGUGGUGGCAGACGAUGGCAGCUCAGCUUGAUUUGUUGGAACCGGCUUUUCGACUCGGUUCCAGUUACGAUCGAAUCGUCGUUGCCGCAGGGAGUUUUUGCCGAGUCCGUCGCCGGUCCGAUUCGUUGCCAUUGGUCGUUGUUUGUGUUUACAAAUUGUUGUGACGACUAUCAGGAUUUGUUUAUUUGCGUGGGAGAGAUCAGGGCGCGCGCGUUACGUUUCGUGAUCUGGAAGUUACGCCGGACGAUACGAGCGAUGAUCUUCCUAACGAUCAUCGUCAUUGCGCUGCUGGACCUUCAAGGUGCACGUGCUGCCGAAGAGGGUGAUCCCUGUCCGCUGCAGAAGGGCGUGACCGGCGUUUGUGCCCCGUACAGUGCUUGUCGGCGGGUUUUGGACCAAGCCGGUAGCCGGAUCCGCAUCUGCACCCAGAACUCCCAGGAAGCGAUUGUGUGCUGCCCCAAGGACUAUCGGGUGCAGGCGCAAAACUUGCUGGCCCAGGACGCCCGGUUAUCCGUGAGCGCUAGAAAAUGUCUGGAAUAUUCUCGAUUGGCAACCCCUACCUUGUAUCUGAGCUCCCUGAAGCCGGACGGCGAUGUCAUCAAAUCGAAAUCGCGCUCCUGUGCCACCGAUAACAAUCUGAUCCUGGGCGGAGAAGCUACGAAACCGAUGGAAUUCCCGCACAUGGCCGCCAUCGGAUAUUGGAACAGCGAUAAGCGCCAGGUCGAGUAUCGAUGCGGGGGAUCGUUGAUCAGUGACCAGUACGUGCUAACGGCUGCCCACUGUCCGUCGGACGCCGUUUCGGUUCGCCUCGGGGACACCAACCUGGUGAGCGACGAGGAUGGAUCUUUUCCGCAAGAGGUCGAAAUCGAUGAAUUUAUCAACCAUCCGGAUCGGAAAGUGCGAACCAAACAUAACGACAUCGCCCUGAUACGGCUCAAAAGGCCGGUGAAAUUCACGUCCCAUGUGAGGCCAGCCUGUUUGUACCAGUCGGAGCAGAUUCCGGAGCGCAGCUUUCUGGCCACCGGUUACGGGGCUGAUGCAAAUUUCGGCGACAACACGAACAGGCUGCUGAAGGUGGUGCUGUCCCGCUUCGAGCAGGCGGAGUGCGAGAAGAACUACAAACAGGUGGUGGACAGCCAGCUGUGCGUGGGCGAUCCGGGCGGCAAGGGCGACACCUGCCAGGGCGAUUCCGGUGGGCCGCUGCAGGUUCGCGGCGUGGACAACGACUGCGUGUUCUACAUCGUGGGGGUAACCUCGUACGGAAGCUUCUGCGGCACCCAGGUGCCCUCGAUCUACACCAAAGUGCCCGUCUACCUGCCCUGGAUCGAGCGAAUCGUUUGGGGGGGCUCGUCCUAGGCUACCUUCCGAUGGAAGGAGAAUGUUUAGUCAUAGGGUAGAUGUGUAGUGUAGGGUAGAGAAAAGAAGAAAAAAAAACGCCUCAAAUUUGCAAGAAACGUCGCGAUUAAGGAAGCUUAGGGUAUUUCCCAUUCGUUACGGACGGAGCGAUAAGUUUAAUUGAGUUGAAGAAGACGACGCUUUUAGCGCUUUUAGUAGACCAACAGAGAGAGAGAAAGAAAGAGAAUUUCCGAAAAGUGUUGGUUUCGGAAGCCAAUCAGCUGUAAGCUUAUAACACGAACUGCAGAGCCAAGCGGGAUGGGAUGGGACGAUUUGGCAUUUCCAGUCGUUAUUAGACUGGCCAGAGGGGAAUUCCGCAACCUCAUCAAGCGCCUUACUCAAACGGGUGAAAACUCGUUUUUUUCUAACUAACCGUAAAGGGGAGAGAAAAAAUUAUUAUUUGUAUACCGAGUAGAAGGUACCGAAACAAAAAGAGAAAUAAUCUAAUUGACAAGUUUUAAGUAUAUUAAAGACAUUAUAUCAGCUAAAA